UAAGCGCAAGAAUACCACCAAGAUAAACGUGAAGUGCGGACGAAAAUUUAUAAGAUUUUAGAAAAUUUUCAAAAUAUUUCAAAGAAAAAAAUUCAAAUAAAAUAUAAAAAUUUUAACAAUUUUGCCAUAUAAACAAAAAAUACAUUAAUUUUAGUAUUAAAUAAAACAAGUGUGAACAAAAUAUUCCAUUAAAUACAAAAAAAAACGCGAUUUCUUGUAACUUGGCAACCAGUAAUAGAAAAAUUGCCAUAACAAAACAUAAAAUAAAUCCAAUUUCGAAUAAAAAAGAUAUACAACAAAUUAAUACAUAUUACUGCAUUGAAAUUUAUGAAUGAAAUUAUUAAUAAUAACAACAAACACUCAUUUAAAAUUAUAACAAAUCGUUUUACAAUCUAAAUCAUUAAACACAAACACUCGGCCAACAGAUUUGUUUCUUCUUUGGCGUCUCGUUAUUGCUGUUUCUUCCACUUGGACGCUAAAUUGUCGCUGAAUUGUUUCUAUUUUUAUGAAAAUAGAUUAUAAACAAGAAAUAGAUUUUUAAAAUUUUUUAUAUAUUGUACAGAAAUAUAUAUUUCUAAGGAAAAUACCAAAAAAUAAAAAAUAUGCCACCGAUUAAAUAUACUGCCACUAUUGCACCCAAUACCGUACAUAUUGGUGAUAAAGUGCGAAUCAAAGGAAUUUUAAUGGAUGAUGCAAAAGAAUUUUCCAUAAACUUUGUAAAUGAGGUAUGCCGAAAUCCAGCAUUUAUAACAUACCAUUUCAAAUGGAUUUUGGAUGAAAAUGUCAUUGUGGAGAAUUUCAAAGAAAAUGGCGAAUGGAUAGAUCACAAAGAGAAAAUGUUUGAUCAACUUGAUGGUGUGUUUCAUAGUAAAAAUUCAUUCAGCUCUGAUCAUCUCUAUACUAACAAUUCAAUUAUAAAUUAUUCUGUUUUAGGUACAAUAUUCGAAUUAGAAUUUGCAUUCCAAGAUGGUUACAUUGAUGUUUAUAAAAUCUAUGACACAUCGCGAAAUCUGAUUACAUCAUAUGAUACAGAAUUAAAUAUAACCGAUAUUAAAUCCUUACAAGUGUGGGGUGAUGUUAAGAAAAUUUCGGAAAUUACAUUCGCAUAUGCGUAGAAAUUGUAAAUGUCCAAAUUCUAUCGUUUUUGGAAAUCUAACUUGGAAUGAAAAUCUCUAAAUUCAAAUGGAUUGAAAAGAAAAGCAAUAAGAAAAAGUUAGUAGUUUAUUGUUUUAUUAAAAUUAUUUAAUUUUCUACUUAAUGGUUUCUACUUAGAAAUCCAUUUACACAAAAAAUGCAGUAUUAAAAAUAAUGCUUUAAUUAUAUUUCUUGUUUUAUUUUCUUUUAUAAUGCAGUUUGUGAAAACAAAUAUCUUCCUUUCUUCCGUUCACCCCGUCACCACAAAAUUCCUAUUCAAAAUAAUGCUUAUUAUUGAUCCUAAAAGCAGCAUUUGCACACAAUUUAUGCGACAGCACCACUGUUUAUGUUCUUAAAUGCCUAGUGUAGGGGUGACUGAAGUGUAUUACAAUUUUAAGCCUGGUUUUUUUUUAAUGCAAAUAUUAACAUAUUAUUUAUUUAGUAUUUUUAUAAUUUGUUUAUUUAUAUAGAUAAUUAAAGUUUCUUUAAUUAUGCCAAAGACUUAUUUAUUCGCGUUUAUAAAUAAUUUGUUAAUUUUAAGUUUUCCAUGAAAAAUCACCCAGUUGAAAAACAUUUUAACACAAAUUGUAUUAUUAGAUUUAAAUAUCAUUUAACAUAAAAAGUUCUGCAUAAAAAAUCAUUAAUUCAGUAAGUCCUUAAAAGCAUUUCAACAUUAUUAGAGCACUUUACUUAUGUACUAUAUCCUUCAAUCUCUAUCCAUUCUUAAUCGCUAUUCAAUCGUAUUUACUAAUCUGUCUAAAUUAUUAAAAUCGUCCAUUGUUUUUUAUUUGCUAUUUCAAACAUGUUCACAUUUUACACACCAUUUUUUUUGUUAUUGAUAAAUUAAUGCAAAAAAAUUAUUUAAUUUAAAAAAGUUGUGUUUAAGUUAAAUUUAUAUUGCUUAUUUUAAUUUUUUAAUUGCCUUAUUUAUUAAACUAUUUAAUAAAACUAAAUCAUAUUUGUUAA